CGCUCAACGCGCCUGGAGGUUAGGAAGGCCGGGUAGACUCGGGUAGCCGUGGCGGGUGCAGAAACUGCCUCCGGUUCCACCGGCAGUAGCGGUGGCUACGGUGAUUCUAGCUUCAGAUUUUUUUUCCCCCAAGAGACAUCAUAUUUCCUUGAAGUGGAUAUAACCCAAAGAGUUUUGAAAGGAGCUAAGCCAUAAAUACUUGUGAUGCUUUGAAGGACAAACUGAAGCAAAGGGAGCAGAACUCUUUGGUUUGUCUCAGAAGGAAGUCAACAUCAUGGAUCAAAACAACAGCUUGCCGCCUUAUGCCCAGGGCUUGGCCUCUCCUCAGGGUGCCAUGACUCCUGGAAUUCCUAUCUUUAGCCCAAUGAUGCCCUAUGGUACAGGACUGACUCCCCAGCCUGUCCAAAGCACUAGCAGUCUUUCUAUUCUGGAAGAGCAGCAGAGGCAGCAGCAGCAGCAGCAGCAGCAGCAGCAACAGCAGCAGCAGCAGCAGCAGCAGCAGCAAGCUGCCCAGCAGUCCACGUCUCAACAAGCAACACAGGGAACUUCUGGCCAAACCCCACAGCUCUUCCAUUCACAGACUCUUACCACAGCACCUCUGCCGGGCACUACACCCUUGUAUCCUUCCCCAAUGACCCCUAUGACCCCCAUUACACCAGCCACACCUGCAUCUGAAAGCUCUGGAAUUGUACCACAGCUACAGAACAUUGUAUCCACAGUGAACCUUGGUUGUAAACUCGACCUAAAAACCAUUGCACUUCGUGCCCGAAAUGCUGAAUAUAAUCCCAAGCGUUUUGCUGCGGUCAUAAUGAGAAUAAGGGAGCCAAGAACUACUGCGCUUAUUUUCAGUUCUGGGAAGAUGGUGUGCACAGGAGCUAAAAGUGAAGAACAGUCCAGAUUAGCAGCUAGGAAAUAUGCCAGAGUUGUACAGAAAUUGGGCUUUCCAGCUAAGUUCUUGGAUUUUAAGAUUCAAAAUAUGGUGGGGAGCUGUGAUGUGAAGUUUCCAAUAAGAUUAGAAGGGCUGGUACUGACACAUCAACAAUUUAGCAGUUAUGAGCCAGAGUUGUUUCCUGGACUAAUCUACAGAAUGAUCAAGCCCAGAAUCGUCCUGCUUAUUUUUGUUUCAGGAAAAGUUGUAUUAACUGGUGCUAAGGUCAGAGCAGAGAUAUAUGAAGCAUUUGAAAACAUUUAUCCUAUUCUAAAAGGAUUCAGGAAAACAACGUAACUUCUCACAUUUGUAUUUUUUUUUUUUUACAAGUUGUCUUGGUACAUUACAUGGUGUUAUUGUGUACAGCACGGAAGUGAGAUGGACUUUUAGUUGCAAACUGCAACACUUAAAGAUACUUUUCUAGUGCCUAUUUCCUGGCACUGUUGAAGGAACAUUUCUUGCAGAGAACAUCUACGCGGCGUUACUGUGAGUUGCUUUUAUGGGGCUGUUUUGAAGCAGCACUGUCCAUUUAUUUAUGUUUAGAUUUUAAACACUUAUCCUCAAUUGUAAUUCACAAGUGGGCAAAAACUAUGUUACUAAGUGUUAAAAAAAAACUACUUCCAUUGUUGGGGGGGUUUGUUUUAAACUUUCAUCUGCAAACCACAAUUUUUAUAUUUCUACCAUAAAAUGAAACCUUUUUAAAAGUGUUUAUUUCUGAUUUAUAACUUAAAAGGGUUUUGUUUCUGUUUUGUGCCACACAUUCCCUUUCCAGUGUUGCAGGACAAAAUAGAUGUAUUAAUAGAAGCUUGGCUGUACAUAUUCUUCUGAGACCAGAACUGUCAUAUUUCUUCAGAGCACUCUGUACAAUAAAUGCUGUUUAUACAAGUGUGAGAAA